AUUUGUUAUCCCCUAUCUCCAGUCAUGAUAACUUUAUCAUGAUGACGUAACACGUUUAAUUUCUAGGGUGGAUUAUCCCUUAGGUCACUGCGGUAACGUUAAGGUAGCUAGCUUGUCCACUGCAGCCUCAGCUGAGUCUCUUGCGAAAUGUAGGUGAAUGGUCACGGUCAAGUUCUUGUCUCGCUAACUAGAUAAAGUAACAUUAGAUAAUAUAUACCCAGAAGGUUGAUCUAACAAGUAGGUAAGGUAAGUGGCACCUACCUUCUGUUUUACUCAAUGCUGAAUCGCUUUUAAUGGGAAUUUGGCUACUCUUUACACAAAAGGUCAAAGGUAAAAUAGGGUCCGCUUAUAGUUGUCCUGUUUCACAUAUGUACAAGUGUGUAACCUGCACAAGUAUGUGGUGUGAAAUGUAAAUGUGUUUUUUGCAUAGCCAGGGGGAGUGGUGCUUAUGCACACAGUCAAGCAGUUGGAUACAGAUUGUACAUACACCAGAUAAGGUGAUUGGUCCUUUCAAGACAACUAGGAACCUCUGAGUUAAAAUGUGCAUAUCUUUUUGACAUAUAACUUCCUAUUGUUUGAUUCUGAUAUUUUCGAAGUGGGAAACUGAGCAAAUUCAUCUGAGUUUCCAAGUCGGGAUUUUCAGUUUCUGAGUUGUCUUGAAAGCGGCAUUAAAGGGAAAAUCCACUCAAACUAUCUUUUAGUAUUUUUUAAAUUAGUCAACAGUUGAUACAGUCCCAAAAUGUUUUGCAUGUCAGCAGUCACAUUUUCAAGUUAUUGGACUUUUAAGAAGCAAAGUGUCAACGGCCACAUCACCAUGAUGAUGCAAAAUGCACCAUAUGAUUCAUUUUGCAUCAUCAUGAUGAUAAUAAUAUGCCAUUUAGCAGAUGCUUUUAUCCAAAGCGACUUAGUCAUGUGUGCAUACAUUUUUAUGUAUGGGUGGUCCCGGGGAUCGAACCCACUACCCUGGCGUUACAAGCGCCAUGCUCUACCAAUUGAUGAGGUGGCGGUGACGCUUUGCUUCUUGAAAGUACAAUAUCUUGAAAACGUGACUGCAAAUGUUUUUGUAGAAUGCAAUUGAGAAUUGACUGCAAAUAAUAGGCUAUGGCUGAAAAAGACAUCUGAAUUUUACAUGGGCUACAAUAUGCUUGAGCUUUGCCAUUACUGACAGGGCAGUAGUCCAUGUGAACCACGGCUGUCUGACAUGGGGAAUGGGGACAGCUGCCAAAAGCAAAUCAUGCUUGUCCUUACAGUGUAGGCCUACUGAAGGUGACUCACAGAGCUGCUCUCUCUGUUGAAUACUCAUUAGCUGAGUCACUAGGGUUGGGUAGGAUUAGGAUCAUAUUGAACAAUAAUAAAUUAAGUUUCUGUGCAUUGAAAUCUUUACUAUCGUUAUUAAGAGUGCACUCUAAGAUCCUGUUCGAUAUCAUGAUUUGAUGCAAUGCUUGCUGAUGUAAACACUACAAUAUGAAAAAUAAAAGGUUUUGUUGAAUAUCAUGAGUUGUAGCUAACUCACUCAUGCACUCUAAUCACAGAUUACCAUGGAGUUUUGGUAGGUUAUCAGAUGGCAAUGUCUAAGGCUUUUGCUAGGCUGACACCUGACACUAGGAACCUGGUGCCAAGCACUGAUGGUGACAGUCAAUUGGCUGUAAAGUCUGGCAAUCCUGCAGAGCACGUACCAGUGCAUGUGCUUUUUGGCUUAGACCUGUAGGCCUAUACUGUCUCUGUCUCUAGGACUACAAAAAUGGUUUGAUAUAAGAUGCAUUAUCUUUUUAUAUCUAUUAGGAAGUCAAAUGAACCUGGUUGAGAUUUGUUUAUGAUGGUUGUGUGAUUGACUAGGCUACUGAAUGAGUAAUAUAGGCUAUAUGACAAUGUCAUUAGUUUAGAUUAAAACUAUGGCUGGGAAUUGCCAGGGACCUCACGAUAUGACAUUAUCACGAUACUUAGGUGCCGAUACCAUAUGUAGGCCUAUUGCGAUUUGAUGUUCCAAACAUAUUGCUCACCAUAUGUCUGCUGCAGAGGGCCAAUUCCACGGUAAAAAAGUGACGAUGAGACUCAGAUUAUUCACUUUAAAAUGUAUGCCAAACAAAAACCAAUGAUUGCAAAGUAAAACAAUUAAUAAACAUAACAACCAAUAGGAAGUUAAAUGCACAAGGACUACUUUUAACAAUUUCCACAGAAUUUUACAAACACAUUUUACUUGAAGAACAGUACAGAUGCAUAGUUUGGUAAAUUAAUGACAGUUUGUGCUUUUGGUGCCAUCAUUCUGUUACCAAACUUUGCAUUUGCACUGAAAUACAUUGUAAAGUGAAAAAUCUGAGUCGGAGCAUCACUCUUAACGUGGAAUUACCCAGAGGGUCUAGAGAGAAAAUGAGUUUUGAUCAGUCAUGGAAAUAAAAGUGCUGAAAACAAAUUGGCUCACUAUUUAAAAAGAUGGAGAACAAGUUAUGAAGGUAAAAUACUGGCGUUUUGAUGCAGUUUCAGCCAACUAGCGCAAAAAUAAUAUUGCGAUAUAGCGUUCAAAAUAAUAUCCCGCUAUGUAACUGUAUUGAUUUUUUUUAAAAGCACUAGUUAAGUCAGUUGAAUGACCAUUAGCCUAUUGUUUGUCAACAUGAAUGUUUAUGGAAACUAAACUGGUUCUAUUCAAGCUAUUCUAGCUGGUUUUCAUUCUGAAGUUGAUUUUUCUCCUGUGUAAUUAUGUCCUCUGAUAAUGAGGUGUGUUACGUGCAUGUCGUUCAGCUUCCUAAAAAAUAUUCAGUCUAUAUAGUGCCUUCGGAUUGUAUUCAGACCCCUUGACCUUUUCCACAUCUUGUUAGGUUACAGCCUUAUUCUAAAAUGGAUUGAAUCCCCCCCCCCCCCCCCCUCAAUCUACACACAAUACCCCAUAAUGACAAAGCAAAAACUGGUUUGUAGAGAUUUUUGCUAAUAUAUAUAUAUAUAUAAAAAAAUAAAAAAUAAACUGAAAUAUCACAUUUACAUAAGUAUUCAGACCCUUUACUCAGUACUUUGUUGAAGCACCUUUGGCAGCGAUUACAGCAUCAAGUUUUCUUGGGUAUGACGCUACAAGCUUGGCACACCUGUAUUUGGGGAGUUUCUCCCAUUCUUCUCUGCAGAUCCUCUCAAGCUCUGUCAGGUUGGAUGGGGAACAUUAAUGCGCAGCUAUUUUCAGGUCUCUCCAGAGAUGUUCGAUCGGGUUCAAGUCCGGGCUUUGGCUGGGCCACUCAAGGACAUUCAGAGAAUUGUCCCGAAGCCACUCCUGCGUUGUCUUGGCUGUGUGCUUAGGGUCGUUGUCCUGUUGGAAGGUGAACCUUCGCCCCACUCUGAGGUCUUGAGCGCUCUGGAUCAGGUUUUCAUCAAGGAUCUCUCUGUACUUUGCUCCGUUCAGCUUUGCCUCGAUGACUAGUCUCCCAUUCCCUGCCGCUGAAAAACAUUCCCACAGCAUGAUGCUGCCACCACCAUGCUUCACCGUAGGGAUGGUGCCAGGUUUCCUCCAGAUGUGACGCUUGGCAUUCAGGCCAAAGAGUUCAAUCUUGGUUUCAUCAGACCAGAGAAUCUUGUUUCUGAUGGUCUGAGAGUCUUUAGGUGCCUUUUGGCAAACUCCAAGCGGGCUGUCAUGUGCCUUUUACUGAGGCAUAGAGCUGGACGUCCGGCCAAAUUGAGCAAUCGGGGGAGAAGGGUCUUGUCCAGGGAGGUGACCAAGAACCCGAUGGUCACUGACAGAGCUCUAGAGUUCCUCUGUGGAGAUUGGAGAACCUUCCAGAAGGACAACCAUCUCUGCAGCACUCCACCAAUCAGGCCUUUUUGGUAGAGUGGCCAGACGGAAGCCACUCUACCAUAAAGGCCUGAUUGGUGGAGUGCUGCAGAGAUGGUUGUCCUUCUGGAAGGUUCUCCAAUCUCCACAGAGGAACUCUAGAGCUCUGUCAGUGACCAUCGGGUUCUUGGUCACCUCCCUGACCAAGACCCUUCUCCCCCGAUUGCUCAAUUUGGCUGGACGUCCAGCUCUAUGAAGAGUCUUGGUGGUUCCAAACUUCUUCCAUUUAUGAAUGAUGGAGGCCACUGUGUUCUUGGAUCUUUUAUGCUGCAGAAAUGUUUUGGUACCCUUCCCCAGAUUUGUGCCUCGACACAAUCCUGUCUGGGAGCUCUACGGACAAUUCCUUUGAUCUAAUGGCUUGGUUUUUGCUCUGGUGUGUGCCUUUUCCAAAUCAUGUCCAAUCAAUUGAAUUUACCACAGUCGGACUCCAAUCAAGUUGUUGAAAAAUCUCAAGGAUGAUCAAUGGAAAAAGGAUGCACCUGAGCUCAAUUUCGAGUCUCAUAGCAAAGGGUCUGAAUACUUAUGUAAAUAAGGUAUUUCUGUUUUUUGUUUUUUAUAAAUUUGCAAACAUUUCUAAAAACCUGUUUUCGCUUUGUCAUUAUGGGGUUAUUGUGUGUAGAUUUCAGAGGAAAUUGUUUUAUUUAAUCCAUUUUAGAAUUAAGGCUGUAACGUAACAAAGUGGAAAAAGUCAAGGGGUCUGAAUACUUUCUGAAGGUACUGUGUAUAUAUUCAUUCAUACAUACAUACAUACAUACAUACAUACAUACAUACAUACAUACAUACAUACAUACAUACAUACAUACAGUACCAUUCAAAAGUUUGGACACAUACUCAUUCCAGGGUUUUUCUUUAUUUUUACUAUUUUCUACAUUAUAGAAUAAUAGUGAAGACAUUAAAACUAUGAAAUAACACAUAUGGAAUCAUGUAGUAACCAAAAAAGUGUUAAAUAACAUAUUUUAUAUUUGAGAUUCUUCAAAGUAGGCACCCUUUGCCUUGAUGACAGCUUUGCACAGUCUUGGCAUUCUCUCAACCAGCUUCUUGAGGUAGUCUUCUGGAAUGCUUUUCCAACAGUCUUGAAGGAGUUCCCACAUAUGCUGAGCACUUGUUGGCUGCUUUUCCUUCACUCUGCGGUCCAACUCAUCCUAAACCAUCUCAAUUGGGUUAAGGUCGGGUGAUUGUGGAGGCCUGGUCAUCUGAUGCAGCACUUCAUCACUCUCCUUCUUGGUCAAAUAGACCUUACAUAGCCUGGAGGUGUGUUGGGUCAUUGUCCUGUUGAAAAACAAAUGAUAGUCCCACUAAGUGCAAACCAGAUGGGAUGGUGUAUCGCUGCAGAAUGCUUUGGUAGGCAUGCUGGUUAAAUGUGCCUUGAAUUCUAAAUAAAUCACUGACAGUGUCACCAGCGAAGCAUCAUCACACCACCUCCUCCAUGCUUCACGGUGGGAACCACACAUACGGAGAUCAUCCGUUCACCUAAUCUGCGUCUCACAAAGACAUGGCGGUUGGAACCAAAAAUCUCAAAUUUGGACUCAUCAGACCAAAGGACAGAUUUCCACCAGUCUAAUGUCCAUUUCUCAUUUCUUGGCCCAAUCAAGUCUCUUCUUCUUAUUGGUGUCCUUUAGUAGUGGUUUCUUUGCAGCAAUUCUACCAUGAAGGCCUGAUUCACGCAGUCUCCUCUGAACAUUUGAUGUUGAGAUGUUUCUGUUACUUUAACUCUGUGAAACAUUUAUUUGGGCUACAAUCUGAGGUGCAGUUAAUUGCCGAUUUCUGAGGCGGGUGACAAAUGAACCUGUCCUCUGCAGCAGAGGUAACUCUGGGUCUUCCUUUCCUGUGGGGGUCCUCAUGAGCUAGUUUCAUCAUAGCGCUUGAUGGCUUUUGCGACUGCACUUGAAGAGACUUUCAAAGUUCUUUACAUUUUCCGUAUUGACUGAACUUCAUGUCUUAUAGUAAUGAUGGACUGUCGUUUCCCUUUGCUUAUUUGAGCUGUUCUUGCCAUAAUAUGGACUUGGUAUUUUACCAAAUAGGGCUAUCUUCUGUAUACCAACCCUAACUUGUCACAACACAACUGAUUGGCUCAAACACAUCAAUUCCACAAAUUAACUUUUAAGAAGGCACACCUGUUAAUUGAAAUGCAUUCCAGGUGACAACCUCAUGAAGCUGGUUGAGAGAAUGCCAAGGGUGUGUAAAGCUGUCAUCAAGGCAAAGGGUGGCUUCUUUGAAGAAUCUCAAAUAUAACAUAUAUUUUGAUUUAACACUUUUCUGGUUACUACAUGAUUCCAAAUUUGUUAUUUCAUAGUUUUAUUUCAAUGUAGAAAAUAAAGAAACACCCUGGAGUAGGUGUGUCCAAACUCUUGAUGGGUACUGUAUAUAGUACCCAAAUCUAAAACAGUCUCCUUAAAAAGUAAACUGUAAAGAAAGUUUACAAUGGACAUUUGCCUAUAGCCUAGGCUUACUAUCUGAAAAGGGAUCUAGAAACAUCCUGGUUUCCAUUCUGUGGGAUGCUAACAGGAGGGUGAAUGUGUAUUGUUUACAUCUUCACCAUUUUGGACAGAGCAGCAUUUUUCCUAUUAGCAGCUGGCAUUCAAAGGACCGUUCUACUCUACAUUUGACUUCCCAAUGAACAAUGUAGCUUAUGUUUUUAAUAGGUUUCAGUUAAUGAAGUUUAGUUUCCUUUAUUGAAAGGUAAGCCAUUGUCAUGCUACUAUUUGACUUGUAAGGUGUCUUCUCAUUCCUUCCGUUUUCACUGUCGAAACACUUCGAAUGCCUUCUACAAUUUUGUAUUUUACAGCAGGUAGGCUAAGAAUUUAGCCUAAUCACGUAACAUGUUAUUAUCUUUUUUAAGACCUUAUCAACUGGAAUAUGAUAAGGAGUUGGCUUUAUAUUUUCACUCUGGGUUUUGAACUUUCAGUUGGGAUUAGACGCUCGCUUAGCCUAUCCUUUCAAUGCCGUCAGAGUUUCAGAGGAAGCGACACAUUAGUUACAGCAUAGAUGAUUUCAUCCUCUUUUCAUUUUCAAGAUCUGUUCUCAGUAAUACACAUUUUGUCUCUUUUUCAGUGCAAUGUCUCUGGUUUUCACGCGACCUAACACCAACGCUAUUGGCAAGAAGGACAAAAGACUCAUGGCGGAGGUGAACGCCAGCCCGCUCAAACACUUUGUCACGGCCAAGAAGAAAAUCAACGGCAUCUUCGAGCAGCUGGCCGCAUACAUCAAAGAAAGCUCAUCCUUUCUGGAAGGUAGCUUCUAGUCUUCCACCUUGCCACAAGUUUUGGUCGAUAAAGCUGGCUUUCUUUUACGUCUUUACACCAAUGAAAAGCACAAUGUUUUGUGGUGUGAAAUUGACAAACACUUGCCUAUGCUAUUGGCAGCCAGCUUGCAGUCCAAACAUUACUGUACUGUCUGGAGUACAACUAAAAUAUUAUUCCGUCUGUCUUUGGCACUCAACACCCACAUGUCAUUCACUAAGUGAAUUUUCUGGCUCAAGUUUGGGUCAUAGGGUUGAUUACAAUGUAUUACUGCCAAAUGUUGUAGUUCCCAAGGGUUUACAAUGGUUGUGUGUGAUUUUUCUACCUCUCACAGACACGUAUAGGAAUGAGGAGCUGGACCCGGUCACUACAGAGGAGCAGGUGCAGGAGGUGCACGGUUACCUGUCCAAGGUGGCAGGGAUCGGAGAGGUGCUGGCACGCAGACACAUGAAGUGUGUCUUCUUCGGAAGGUAUGUUCCCUCCACUGCAUAAUGAACACUGGCAAUGCCACCACCAGUCAUUGGAGUUCGGAAGCUGCAUGUAUUCGCCGCUGUUAAUUUGUCAAUGAAUCACAAAAUCAAUUUUGUCUGUCAGAAAUGGGUCGGAUUACUGCAAAUUUAUUGAAAACGCUCUAGACCUGUGUUAAAUGUUCCUCACUCAACAGUGUGUUCUACCUUAUAGGACGAGUAACGGGAAGAGCUCGGUGAUCAACGCCAUGCUGUGUGAUAAGGUGCUCCCCUCUGGGAUAGGACAUACCACCAACUGUUUCCUGCAGGUGGAGGGGACCGACGGCAACGAGUCCUUCCUGCUCACAGAGGGAUCAGAGGAGAAGAAGAGCAUCAAAGUCAGUACCUCCACACGAGAUUAGAGAAACUUAAAAAAGCAACAUGGACAAGUGUUUCCUUUUUUGAAUAAAACUAAUUAGAGGUAAAAAAACAAGACAUUACUUAAAUCUCCUUUAUAGUUAGAUACUGCAACUUGGAAGACUGCACUGGACACUUAGCACACUAACUAUACACACCCAAUACGUUUGCGAGGUGCAAAAGUUUCGGCACUGUGCCUUCCUCAGGGUUUGCUUAGCAUAACACAAACAUCCUUUAGAGUAAGUUUAGAUUUAAAUUGAAUGUAAACUCAGCAAAAAAAUAAAUGUCCCCUUUUCAGGACCUUGUCUUUCAAAGAUAAAAAUCCAAAUAACUUCACACAUCUUCAUUGUAAAGGGUUUAAACUCUGUUUCCCAUACUUGUUCAAUGAACCAUAAACAAUUAAUGAACAUGCACCUGUGGAACGGUCGUUAAGACACUAACAGCUUACAGACGGUAGGCAAUUAAGGUCACAGUUAUGAGGACACUAAAGAGGCCUUUCUACUGACUCUGAAAAACACCAAAAGAAAGAUGUCCAGCGUCCCUGCUCAUCUGCGUGAACGUGCCUUAGGCAUGCUGCAAGGAGGCAUGAGGACUGCAGAUGUGACCAGGGCAAUAAAUUGCAAUGUCUGUACUGUGAGACGCCUAAUACAGCUCUACAGGGAGACAGGACGGACAGCUGAUCGUCCUUGCAGUGGCAGACCACGCGUAACAACACCUGCACAGGAUCGGUACAUCCUAACAUCACACCUGCGGCACAGGUACAGGAUGGCAACAACAACUGCCCGAGUUACUCCAGGAACGCACAAUCCCUCCAUCAGUGCUCAGACUGUCCGCAAUAGGCUGAGAGGCUGGACUGAGGGCUUGUAGGCCUGUUGUAAGGCAGGUCCUCACCAGACAUCACCGGCAACAACGUCGCCUAUGGGCACAAAACCACCGUCGCUGGACCAGACAGGACUGGCAAAAAGUGCUCUUCACUGACGAGUCACGGUUUUGUCUCACCAGGGGUGAUGGUCGCAUUCGCGUUUAUCGUCGAAGGAAUGAGCGUUACACCGAGGCCUGUACUCUGGAGCGGGAUCGAUUUGGAGGUGGAGGGUACGUCAUGGUCUGGGGCGGUGUGUCACAGCAUCAUCGGACUGAGCUUGUUGUCAUUGCAGACAAUCUCAACGCUGUGUGUUACAGGGAAGACAUCCUCCUCCCUCAUGUGGUACCCUUCCUGCAGGCUCAUCCUGACAUGACCCUCCAGCAUGACAAUGCCACCAGCCAUACUGAUCGUUCUGUGUGUGAUUUCCUGCAAGACAGGAAUGUCAGUGUUCUGCCAUGGCCAGCGACGAGCCCGGAUCUCAAUCCCAUUGAGCACGUCUGGGACCUGUUGGAUCGGAGGGUGAGGGCUAGGGCCAUUCCCCCCAGAAAUGUCUGGGAACUUGCAGGUGCCUUGGUGGAAGAGUGGGUUAACAUCUCACAGCAAGAACUGGCAUAUCUGGUGCAGUCCAUGAGGAGGAGAUGCACUGCAGUACUUAAUGCAGCUGGUGGCCACACCAGAUACUGACUGUUACUUUUAAUUUGGACCCCCCCCCCUUUGUUCAGGGACACAUUAUUCAAUUUCUGUUAGUCACAUGUCUGUGGAACUUGUUCAGUUUAUGUCUGUUGUUGAAUCUUGUUAUGUUCAUACAAAUAUUUACACGUUUGCUGAAAAUAAACGCAGUUGACAGUGAGAGGACGUUUCUAUUUUUGCUGAGUUCAGUUUGUUGAGACAAGAACAUGCUCUCAACCUUUUGAUGUGUUAAUCUCUCAAGCCCAUUUUAGAUUAGGCAUUGUAAUUACUGUGAUGCAAUGCACAUCUAAGUAUAACAGCAGUAAACAGGAGUGAUACACAGGGGGCUUGUAAUUGUCUCUACUGUAUAAAUACAGUUCUGUUUGUCCUACAAAAGAUCAAGGCAGAGAUCUGUCACAGUGGCUUUCUGUUUAGCCGUUGCCUUAUUCAGUGAACGGUGGGUGGGCCGUUAAACCAAUUGUCCUCCGUUAAAACCAUGACUCACUGGCUAUCCAGCACCUAUUUUUAAUUGUACUCAACAAGCAACCUCGCUUAACCAGUUGCACCACAGUUUAACGAGUACCACACCUUUGUCUCUUGGGGAAAGUAGAAAUCUCUUAAUGGAAUAUUUAUUUUCUUCAAUUUAAGCUACUUCUUAUCAAGGUUAUGUUAUUCCUUAAAAUACCAGAAUCACAGUAACUUUUUAUUGUACUUUAAGUCCAUAUUGAAAUGUUGUUGCAAUGUGUCACAUAAAGGAGCUCAGAAUUGUCCCCUUCCCUGUUGUCGAUAGUGUAUGACCCAGAUAUGGCUGCACGCCUAUGAUAUGCAUCUCGAUCAAAUCUGUUACCGACCCACGUGUCCAAACAUAGCAACAGAAUCAACAAAACACCAGCAACCCCGAAUGCUCUCAGCCGCUUUUAUCACGUGUUGGCAUUCCAGCUGUAUGUAGGUCUGGGUGAAGCAUGCUGGCUGCUAACAGCUUUCCCAGGCCUCUCCUCUCCCCCAUGGGGACUAGACCCCAGAUAGCCGUUCGUUUCCGCUGGCUAAUGAUCAACUCAGACCUCCGCUCUGCUCAUAGGAAAAACCUCUGCUUGGCUAAUUAAUUUGUUGGCACAGAUGAUGAGUAACCUUUUUGAUGCAACCUUUUUCCCUAGAAUCCUUAUCUCUAUGGAAUGUGUAAUGUCAUCAUUGUAUCGUUGCUAUGGGUUUAAAUGGGGACACAUGCCAAUAUAUUUCCUUCCUAGUAAUCUGUCCUUUUUAUUACAGUUACUCAUAUAUACAUUUUAUUUUGAAAUCAAAUGGAGUCAAAGUUCAAAUGUGAACACAAUGAGUUAGUUUGUCUCUCUCUUGCUCUAUCACUUAUCUUUCUCUGUCUCGCUCACUGUCUCUCAGACGGUGAACCAGCUAGCCCAUGCUCUACAUCAGGAUGAGGACCUGGAUGCAGGAAGCCUGGUGUGUGUCAUGUGGCCCAAAGCCAAGUGUGCCCUGCUCAGGGACGACCUGGUGCUGGUGGACAGGUGAGAGCAACACACACCACACAUGCAUCACACACACAUAAAUCUAAAAGGAUCAGGUAGACCAUUCCCUUCUCGCAUUCAGUUCUUUCACCAGGGGUCCUCUAGAAGUGCUAUGGGGUUGAUACACUUCGCCCCUAAUCUUUGUAUGUAUACUCCUCUUCUACAAACGACAAUGUCCUCAUACACUGAACAAAAAUAUAAACGCAACAAGUAAAGUGUUGGUCCCAUGUUUCAUGAGCUGAAAUAAAAGAUUACAGUAAUGUUCCAUAAGCACAAAAAGCUUAUAUAUCUCAAAUUUUGUGCACAAGUUUGUUUACAUCACAGAGUGAGCAUUUCUACUUUGCCAAGAUAAUCCAUCCACCUGACAGGUGUGGCAUAUCAAUAAGCUGAUUAAACAGCAUGAUCAUUACACAGGUGCACCUUGUGCAGUUUUGUCACACAACACAAUGCCACAGAUGUCUCAAGUUUUGAGGGAGCGUGCAAUUGGCAUGCUGACUGCCGGAAUAUCCACCAGAGCUGUUGCCAGAGAAUUGAAUGUUAAUUUCUCUACCAUAAGCUGCCUCCAAUGGAGGAGAAUUAGAGAUUAGAGAAUUUGGCAGUACUUCCAACCGCAAACCAUGUGUAUGGCGUCGUGUGGGCGAGCAGUUUGCUGAUGUCAAUGUUAUGAACGAGUGCCCCGUGGUGGUGGGGUUAUGGUAUGGGCAGGCACAAGCUACGGACAACAAACACAAUUGCAUUUUAUCGAUGGCAAUUUGAAUGCACAGAGAUACCGUGACAAGAUCCAGAGGCCCAUUGUCGUGCCAUUCAUCCGCCACCAUCACCUCAUGUUUCAGCAUGAUAAUGCACGGCCCCAUGUCGCAAGGAUCUGUACACAAUUCCUGGAAGCUAAAAAUAUCCCAGUUCUUCCAUGGCCUGCAUACUCACCAGACAUGUCACCCGUUGAGCAUGUUUGGGAUGCUCUGGAUUGAUGGGUACGACAGUGUGUUUGAGUUCCUGCCAAUAUCCAGCAACUUCGCACAGCCAUUGAAGAGGAGUGGGACAACAUUCCACAGGCCACAAUCAACAGCCUGAUCAACUCUAUGCGAAGGAGAUGUCCCGCCACAUGAGGCAAAUGGUCACACCAGAUACUGACUGGUUCUCUGAUCAUGCCCCUAACUCUUUUUUUUUUUUAAGGUAUAUGUGACCAACAGAUGCAUAUCUAUGUUCCCUGUCAUGUGAAAUCCAUAGAUUAGGGCCUAAUUUAUUUAUUUCAAUUGACUGAUUUCCUUAUAUGAACUGUAACUCAGUAAACUCUUUGAAAUUGUUGCAUGUUGCGUUUAUUUUUGUUCAGUAUAGUUUCUACUGUGGCCUUGUGACCUUAAGUCAUCCCAUAUUUCUGCUCCUACAGCCCCGGUAUUGACGUCACGACGGAGCUGGACAGCUGGAUCGACAAGUUCUGCCUGGAUGCCGAUGUCUUUGUCCUGGUGGCAAACUCUGAGUCCACUCUGAUGCAGACGGUAAGAGACAUGUUUCUACUCUAGAAAGAAAUCCACUCGGCCCGAACAUGCAUGUUGGCCAAAUGCCAUUCAAGAUGUCUUUUGAGGAUAUACUGAAUAGACAAAUGUUACUCUUUUCAGGAGAAGUCAUUCUUCCACAAGGUCAACGAGCGUCUCUCCAGUCCAAACAUCUUCAUCCUAAACAACCGCUGGGAUGCCUCUGCCUCGGAGCCGGAGUACAUGGAGGAGGUGAGUUAGCAUUAGCAGUCAUUGUUACACUGAGGUUAGUUUUAGCUUUAGCGGUCAGGGUUAAACUGGGAACACUGAGGUGAGUUAAUAUUAGCGGUCAUGGUUACACUUAUUUAAUUUUAUUAGGACUUCCAAGAGUCUUUUAAAACAUUUAAAAAACAGUGUUAUAAUACAUUUUUACAUUUACAUUUUAGUCAUUUAGCAGAUAAUCUUAUCCAGAGCGACUUACAGUUAGUGAGUGCAUACAUUUUUCAUACUGGCCCCCCGUGGGAAUCGAACCCACAACCCUGGCGUUGCAAGCGCCAUGCUCUACCAACUGAGCUACAGGAGGCUAAUACAAUCACAUUUUCACAACACACUGUUCCAAACAACAGAAAUAAUACACUGACAUAUUGACAUGGGUCAAUACAGACCGCGGGUCUUGACUACAAAAAAUAUAUACACUACUGGUCAAAAGUUUUAGAACACCUACUCAUUCAAGGGUUUUUCUUUAUUUUUACUAUUUUCUACAUUGUAGAAUAAUAGUGAAGACAUCAAAACUAUGAAAUAACACAUGUGGAAUCAUGUAGUAACCAAAAAAGUGUUAAACAAAUCAAAAUAUAUGUUGUAUUUGAGAUUCAAAAAUGCCACCCUUUGCCUUGAUGACAGCUUUGCACACUCUUGGCAUUCUCUUAACCAGCUUCAAGAGGUAGCCACCUGGAAUGCAUUUCACUUAACAGGUGUGCCUUCUUAAAGGUUAAUUUGUGGAAUUUCUUUCCUUAAUGCGUUUGAGCCAAUCAGUUGUGUUGUGACAAGGUAGGUGGGGUAUACAGAAGAUGGCCCUAUUUGGUGAAAGAACAAGUUACAUGAAGGUCAGUCAAUACGGAACAUUUCAAGAACUUUGAAAGUUUCUUCAAGUGCAGUCACAAAAACCAUCAAGUGCUAUGAUGAAACUGGCUCUCAUGAGUACCGCCACAGGAAUGGAAGAUCCAGAGUUACCUCUGCUGCAGAGGAUAAGUUACUUAGUUACCAGCCUCAGAAAUUGCAGCCCAAAUAAAUGCUUCACAGAGUUCAAGCAACAGACACAUGUCAACAUCAACUGUUCAGAGGAGACUGCGUGAAUCAGGCCUUCAUGGUCGAAUUGCUGCAAAGAAACCACUACUAAAGGACACCAAUAAGAAGAAGAGACUUGCUUGGGCCAAGAAACACGAGCAAUGGACAUUAGACCGGUGGAAAUGUGUCCUUUGGUCUGGAGUCCAAAUUUGAGAUUUUUGGUUUCAACCGCCGUGUCUUCGUGAGACGCGGUGUGGGUGAACGGAUGAUCUCUGCAUGUGUAUUUCCCACUGUAAAGCAUGGAGGAGGAGGUGUUAUGGUGUGGGGGUGUUUUGCUGGUGACACUGUGAUUUAUUUAGAAUUCAAGGCACACUUAACCAGCAUGGCUACCACAGCAUUCUGCAGCGACAUACCAUCCCAUCUGGUUUGGGCUUAGUGGGACUGUCAUUUGUUUUUCAACAGGACAAUGACCCAACACACCUCCAGGCUGUGUAAGGGCUAUUUUACCAAGAAGGAGAGUGAUGGAGUGCUGCAUCAGAUGACCUGGCCUCCACAAUCCCCCGACCUCAACCAAAUUGAGAUGGUUUGGGAAGAGUCGGACGGCAGAGUGAAGGAAAAGCAGCCAACAAGUGCUCAGCAUAUGUGGGAACACCUUCAAGACUGUUGGAAAAGCAUUCCAGGUGAAGCUGGUUGAGAGAAUGCCAAGAGUGUGCAUAGCUGUCAUCAAGGCAAAGGGUGGCUAUUUGAAGAAUCUCAAAUACAACAUAUAUUUUGAUUUGUUUAACUUUUGACAGGUAGUGUAUAAAUGUAGGAACUCGGGCAGCCUUCGACCACUGGUAUCAUAUAAACACACAAGACAUGGAUUUUCCCUCCGAAUUGCAGUAAAUUAGCUUUAAAACAGGAAAAUCUCGGCCUGAUGGCAAAAUGUGUAGAAUUGCAGGAAAUCUGCUUUAAAACUGCAACACUUUAACCGUGAACAGUUUGGUUUCACAUAGGUUGCGAGGUGAGGUUACUACGCUGAUGAAUGACAAUAUCCAUCUGGACCUUUGCCACCGAGGGAAUUUUGUGACCGGGUUAGGGGUGUGAAGUUUAAAAGGAAUUGGGAUUGUUAACGUUAAAAAAAAAAAAAAUCUGUAACUGAAAUUUGUAUUUGAAUGUUUUGUACAGAAUUAGUCACAAAGCUGCCACUAACAAGUCCUGAUCAUCAUUAUCAUAAACGGAAAAUGUUUAAUUAAAUACUUAACGCAACAAUGCUGUAACAUUAGUAGGAGGAGAUAUGCAUCCUUCAAAUGAUUUGCCAAGGAUAUAAAGCGCUCCGCACGUCAUCGUCGUUAAGUUGGAAACAUUUUCAGAGAGUGAGACAGGGAAGCGACAGCAGCGAAGUCCUGUAUGGCAAUACUUUGAGAAGUUAAAUGAGAAGGUGGUGAAAUGCUAACUUUGCGAGCUGGAAUUGAGCUACAGUGGCAGGACAGGUGCAUUGCUGAAAGGGAGGCACCGUGAGACCCAACCCGCUCUUAUCCAGAGAGACUUACAGAAGCAAUUAGGUUUAAGUGCCUUGCUCAAGGGUUAUUAAAUAUUAGGUAACUUGGGUAAACUAUCCCUUUUAAAACCGUUAUGUGAGUCAUCCAACAAGGGAAACCCUUCAGAUGUUUGCUUUAAUACAACCCAACACAGGAGCUGAGGACACUACACCUGGAGAUUAGCCAGGAGACUGAAUUGGGACUGACUGUGCCCUCAGACAGUCUGGCUUUAUGCACUUGAGAUAAAUGUCAGGGUGAACAUUAGGGCUGUAACGAUGCCAGUAAAAACACAAAGCAGACCUAACUCUUUGGUCCUUUAAAAACCUGCUGUAUGUAAGAUAUUGUGUACUAUAGCUUGGAAAAUAAAUACAUGUGACUCUGGAUGACAACAUAAUGAUGUUUGUUUCCAACAUUAGGGCUGUUUUCCAAAAUAAGUUAAUAGCGCUUGGUGUUUGUUUCCUUGGCACGACACUAGUAAGUUUCGCGAUACUGAUAUCGUCCCGGCCCUUAGUGAACGUCCCAUAUUUUAUGUGACCAUUUGAGGUCUGCCAAUACAACUUGUUAAAGGAAGAGCGUGUGCCUGUAGGUUUGUGCUAACGUGUAUAUUUUUCCUAGUGUGUGUGUGUAUGAUUGACCCCGUCAUGGAAAGUUGCGUGCGCAUCAGAAAUACGUUUGUUUACAUGGAAGUUGAUACGAUCACAUGCAACUUCAAAUGUAGCUUGUGCGAGUUAACAAACAUGUAAUCGGAUGGUUAUCGUCUACAGAUGUCAUUAGAGGUUUGAUAACCCAGAACCCUACUGCAUGCCAGUGAGGCAAGGUAAAAUAUUCCAAAUAGAGCUAGAUAAAGCCAGAAGAAUAAUAUACUUGUUGAACAUAGCUAUAGCCAUCAGUCUUGCAUGUUUUCAUGGUCAUCACUCACUCACUGCAAGUUUGUCAAGGUCCUGACAUCAGCGUUAGCUAUCCUGCUACAGAGCUUUUUGAUGUCACGAUGCGCGCACAUCACUCGAAUGUGACGUUUGAUGGUAAACAGAAAAUGUCUCUAUUGAACCCGGUCUCCCUAUCACUCUGUGUCCCCCCCAGGUGAGGAGGCAGCACAUGGACCGCUGCAGCAGUUUCCUGGUGGACGAGCUGGGCGUGGUAGACCGGGCCCAGGCCAGCGACCGCAUCUUCUUUGUGUCUGCAAAGGAGGUCCUACAGGCCCGUGUUCAGAAGGCCCAGGGGAUGCCAGAAGCAGGUACACACACACAUACACACACUUGUCGAUAAAUGGACUCACACUGGCACACACUAUCCAAUGAAUACGCUCACACACCUCACAUAAAAUACACAUACACAUCUUUAUAAGCCACACAGGUAGACAUUCACAGAAAAACAACUUGAUGUCAAAGACUCCAGUCACCCAAGUCAGACUGUUCUCUCUGUUACCGCACGGCAAGCGGUACCGAAGCGCCAAGUCUAGGUCCAAAAGGCUCCUUAACAGCUUCUACCCCCAAGCCAUAAGACUGCUGAACAAUUAAUAAGAUGGCCACCGGGACUAUUUACAUUGAUACCCCCCCUUUGUUUUUACACUACUGCUACUCGCUGUCUAUUAUCUAUGCAUAGUAACUUUACACCUACCUACAUGUACAAAUUACCUCGACUAACCUGUACCCCCGCACAUUAACUCAGUACCCCCUGUAUAUAGCCUCGUUAUUGUUAUUAUAUUGUUACUUUUUAUUUUAUUUUUUACUUUAGUUUAUUUAGUAAAUAUUUACUUAACUCUGUUUCUUGAACUGCGUUGUUGGUUAAGGGCUCGUAAGUAAGCAUUUCAUGGUAAGGCCUACACCUGUUGUAUUCGGCGCAUGUGACAAAUACAAUUUGAUUUGAUGUAAAACCCAAGCAAAAAAAAAACACUUUCCUUACUUGUUCAGGUGGUGCUCUGGCUGAGGGAUUCCAGGCCAGGAUGUUUGAGUUCCAGAACUUUGAGAGGCGCUUCGAGGUAAGACUUGCUGUCUAAUGAAAGAACCUCUCGGAGUGAAUGGGGUAUACAGUUUACAAUACUCCUCUACAACCACUGUGAUUAUUAUUUGACCCUGCUGGUCAUCUAUGAACGUUUGAACAUCUUGGAGAAAAAUCUGGCCUUAAUGGCCAUGUACUGUUACAGUGAGGAGGAAAAAGUAUUUGAUCCCCUGCUGAUUUUGUACGUUUGCCCACUGACAAAGACAUGAUCUAUACAAAGACAAAGACACAUCAGUCUAUAAUUUUAAUGGUAGGUUUAUUUGAACAGUGAGAGACAGAUUAAUAACAAAAAAAAAAGUGUUAUAAAUUGAUUUGCAUUUUAAUGAGGGAAAUAAGUAUUUGACCCCUCUGCAAAACAUGACUUAGUACUUGGUGGCAAAACCCUUGUUGGCAAUCACAGAGGUCAGAUGUUUCUUGUAGUUGGCCACCAUGUUUGCACACAUCUCAGGAGGGAUUUUGUUCCACUCCUCUUUGCAGAUCUUCUCCAAGUCAUUAAGGUUUCGAGGCUGACGUUUGGCAACUCGAACCUUCAGCUCCCUCCACAGAUUUUCUAUGGGAUUAAGGUCUGGAGACUGGCUAGGCCACUCCAGGACCUUAAUGUGCUUCUUCUUGAGUCACUCCUUUGUUGCCUUGGCCGUGUGUUUUGGGUCAUUGUCAUGCUGGAAUACCCAUCCACGACCCAUUUUCAAUGCCCUGGCUGAGGGAAGGAGGUUCUCACCCAAGAUUUGAUGGAACAUGGCCCGUCCAUCGUCCCUUUGAUGCGGUGAAGUUGUCCUGUCCCCUUAGCAGAAAAACACUCCAAAGCAUCAUGUUUCCACCUCCAUGUUUGACGGUGGGGAUGGUGUUCUUGGGGUCAUAGGCAGCAUUCCUCCUCCUCCAAACACGGCGAGUUGAGUUGAUGCCAAAGAGCUCGAUUUUGGUCUCAUCUGACCACAACACUUUCACCCAGUUCUCUUCUGAAUCAUUCAGAUGUUCAUUGGCAAACUUCAGACGGCCCUGUAUAUGUGCUUUCUUGAGCAGGUGGACCUUGCGGCCACUGCAGGAUUUCAGUCCUUCACGGCGUAGUGUGUUAACAAUUGUUUUCUUUGUGACUAUGGUCCCAGCUGCCUUGAGAUCAUUGACAGGAUCCUCCCAUGUAGUUAUGGGCUGAUUCCUCACCGUUCUCAUGAUCAUUGCAACUCCACGAGGUGAGAUCUUGCAUGGAGCCCCAGGCCGAGGGAGAUUGACAGUUAUUUUGUGUUUCUUCCAUUUGCGAAUAAUCGCACCAACUGUUGUCACCUUCUCACCAAGCUGCUUGGCGAUGGUCUUGUAGCCCAUUCCAGCCUUGUGUAUGUCUACAAUCUUGUCCCUGACAUCCUUGGAGAGCUCUUUGGUCUUGGCCAUGGUGGAGAGUUUGGAAUCUGAUUGAUUGAUUGCUUCUGUGGACAGGUGUCUUUUAUACAGGUAACAAACUGAGAUUAGUGUGCUCCUAAUCUCAGCUCGUUACCUGUAUAAAAGUCACCUGGGAGCCAGAAAUCUUUCUGAUUGUGAGGGGGUCAAAUACUUAUUUCCCUCAUUAAAAUGCUAAUCAAUUUAUUUAAAAAAAUGUGUUGUUGUUAUUCUGUCUCUCACUGUUCAAAUAAACCUACCAUUAAAAUUAUAGACUGAUCAUUUUUUGUCAGUGGGCAAACGUACAAAAUCAGCAGGGUAUCAAAUACUUUUUUCCCUCACUGUAUAAUCUCUGCACAGCCAGAAGGGGACUGGCCACUCCUCAGAGCCUGUUUCCUCUAGGUUUCUUCUUAGGUUUCUGCCUUUCUAGGGAGUUUUUCCUAGCCACCGUGCUUCUACAUCUGCAUUGCUUGCUGUUUGGGGUUUAAGGCUGGGUUUCUGUAUAGCACUUUGUGACAUUGCUGAUUUAAAAAGGGCUUUAUAAAUCAAAUUUGAUUGAUUGAUACUCCGUCUAGGCUCCCAUUAGAGAUGUACCGAACUCUGCUCAAGUGCUACAGUGCAGUUCACUUCCAAUCCAACACACAUUCUUUUAUCACUUGUUUCACAUCAUGUCUGCAUGCUCUAGUUAGGUGAGGGUGAGCUCUACAGUUGAAAGCCAUUGAGCGUAUCAGGCCCUCUUAUGAAACCCUCUCUGUUUUUCCCUGUUCUUGUAGGAGUGUAUCUCUCAGUCUGCGGUGAAGACCAAGUUUGAGCAGCACACUGUGAGGGCCAAGCAGAUCUCAGAGACCCUGCGGCUCAUCAUGGACUCUGUGCACGUGGCGGCUCAGGAGCAGAGGUGAGUUCACGGUUCACGCCACGUACCCAGGCUGCAUCUCAAUUGUCAAUGUCUUCCUUGUCUCCUUUCCAUUUGAACCGAUAUCAUAGAAGUGAUAGGGAAAGGCUACCGUGCGAGGCAACCAGUUGUGCUCCACUUUUUGUGUAACUAGUCUCUCUCUGUGUGUGUGUGUGUGUGUGUCUGUGUGUGUCUGUCUGUCUGUUCAGGAUUCACUGCUUAGAAACCAGGGAGGAGCGCCAGGACCGCAUGGAGUUCAUUGACAAACAGCUGGACCUGCUGACGCUGGACUGCAAGAGCAAGAUCAAGAAGAUCACAGAGGAAGUAGAGAGACAGGUAGGUCACAUUUAAAAUAGGUUGCCGCUCUAUGAUUGAAUUCUAAGAAUGGUCUAGUGAACGCCAAAGCUCUGGUGAACGUUGCUCUUCCCUCACAGCCGGUGUGUGUUUGUUUUUUUACCUGUGUGUGUAGGUGUCCAACGCCAUGGCAGAGGAGAUCAGGCGACUCUUUGUGCUGGUGGACGACUUCCACAUGGACUUCCAUCCAUCUCAGGUGGUGCUCAAGGUGUACAAGAACGUGAGUGAUUUCCUGGCCUCCAACACAAACAAGCACUCGCACGCACACCUCCUCUCACUUCUUUUGCUACUGGGUGUUUAUGCUUGAUUCUACUAAUCGUCUGUCAUUGGGACUUUGAUUAGCUGAAUCGGAUGUGUUUGAGCAGCGCUGGAACAAAAGCCUGCAUACCCAGUCGGUCUCUAGGAGGAGGAUGGGCCACCCCUGCCUUAGGCCUCAAUCCUUUUCAGUGUUGUUAGUGGAAUUCUCCCUAGGGCCAGUUUUGUCCAAGAGAACUAUCCUUGCAGGGAAUUACCUGUGUAUCACAUGAACAUGCAUGCCUGUUUCGCAUUUAAGGUGUGUUCAGAUUGGCAAACUUCCAUGAGUAAAGCUUGUAUCUGGGUCAGCAAUGACUUGUAUAGAGUUGACAUGAUACCCUAUCCUACAUGACAGUAGAGUUGACAUGAUACCCUAUCCUACAUGACAGUAGAGUUGACAUGAUACCCUAUCCUACUUGACAGUGAAUCAUGCAUGUAAAGUUACAUCCCCACUACACACGACCCUGAACUCAGGUUGUUUAUAUUUUAGUGUGUAUUCGGAAUGUCAUACUAUACAGUUUCUGUUUUCUCUCGGACCAAAUGUGUUGCACUAUGUACGGAAUAGGGUGUCCAUUUGGAAGUGGAUAUAGUGUAAGGUUCUGGCCAAAAGCAGUGCGCUACAUAGACAAAAGGGUGCCAUUUUGGACUGAACCAUAGAGAUUGUGAUGGGGAUGUUGUAUUGUGUGUGUUCGUUCCAGGAGCUCCACAGGCACAUUGAGGAGGGCCUGGGCAGGAACAUGUCUGAGAGGUGUUCCACAGCCAUCACCGCUGCCCUGCAGACCACCCAGACAGAGAUGAUUGGUCAGUCCCGCUGCAGCACACACACACAAUUCUACCAGACACGCUGGCUGAAAUAAUCCCAGUAAAUUAACUUGUUGUUCAAUUGUGAAACCACGUGGAGAUGUUCUCAACUACCCCCCCCCUUCUCAGAUGGUCUGAAGCCCCUGCUGCCGGGGCCGGUGCAGGAGCAGGUGGACAAGCUGGUGCCGCGGCAGCAGAUCUUCACCCUCAGCUACGACCUGGCCUGCGACAAGUUGUGCAGUGACUUCCAGGAGGACAUUGGCUUCCACUUCUCCCUGGGCUGGACCAUGCUGGUCAACCGCUUUCUGGGACCCAAGAACACACGACGUGCCCUCAUGGGCUACAACGACCAGGUGUGUGUGUGUUUUUUUUAUUUCCCUAAGGAAAGGGUCGGCUCCAGGUAGAGGUUGUCCUUUACCACACAUCUAGGAUGGCCCCCAAUCCUGACCUUAAAGGUGUCAUUGUGAUUGCUACCUCUGUUUUUUAAAAACGUGUAAAUGUAUUUAUUCUUAAAGAUUAUAAUUUAUAAUGCCCCCUGAACUUAGUUAAAUUUUCUUACCUCAUCAGAACCCCUAAAAUAUAAGCUUGUUUUACUCCUUUGUUUGUAAAUUAUGUAAUUGUUAACAAACACUGUAUAGCCUCAAAACAUGGUUAAAACUAUCAUUUUGAUCUCAUUGAUGGUCAGUCCUUGCAUCCAUAGCUCUGUCUAUUAAUUUGAGUGGUUACAUUUUUCCAGCCCCAUCCCUCAGCUAUUGACCAAAUAAUUGGCGGGGUGGCCGCUGUGGUAUUGUUUGAAAAGCACAAAGUGAUAAGGUAAAAUCAUUAUUUUCUUGGUGGAACCAGAGUGAAUCCUCUUUGGUAGCAGACAAGCUCCCCCACACAUACUCCAUUCUGGGUUCCUAUUACUUACCCUUUUUCCUGUGUGCUUGCUCAAUGCCCCCCCUGUGGAUGUGUGUCUGUCAAUGAUAUAUAUAUUUAUUCACUAGAUGACAGACGCUGUUCUGAAGUCACCUUCCACCAUUAUUCUACUAUUAAUGGGAAUUUACAGUAUUUCAAUGUAAUGUUUCAAGGACAAAAAUAUAUGCAUUUUAAGUAUUUAUUUGUUGUAGUGGGGACUGCAACAUAAGAACUGUAUAAAAAAAAUCCUAAAUGUUUUUCUAUUUUCAAUUUUUGUUGAGAAAUGAUUGGCUUCUGUUCAGUUCAUACAACACUAUGUAUUGUUAAAGUAUGUUUUAAAGCAGUGGUUGUCGACUGGUUUUGCCUCGGGACCCAAAUUGAACCAGGUUGUCUGUCGAGAUCCAAUAUUCGCCGGUUUGAGACCACAAAAUCAACCAAAUCUGCUAAAUAGCGCUGCUAUAACUCUAUAUUGAAAACAGUCACGACCCAUUCAAAACCUCCCCACCAGUUGAGAAACGCUGUAUUACAGUGUCUGUAAUGAAGGGGAAAAAAACGUAUUUCUUACAAAACCUUUAGCUCUUGAAAUGAAUACAUGUACGUACUGUAGCUCACCUCUACACUACAAAGCAACACAAUGUUGAUUACUAGAAUGUAAAGCUGGAGAAGUUAAUGCAUGAUCCCAUAAUAAUGUUUUCACUUCAUCCAUGCUUAAUAUCUUUGUAAGCUAGCUAGCAUACAGACGUUUGCUUACAUGCGUUGCUAUGGUUACACAGUACCACAAGCUGUCAGGAGCAGUCUGUCUCUUAAAAUGGACCAAAAAGUAAAUUUUCUACACUAAUAAUUUAGGUACUUACAUAUGAAUUCGCUUCCCACAUCGCUUGAAUUGUUUGCUGGCUGCAUCCAUAUUCCGCACAUUGUUGCAUUGUUGACAAGUUGGUUAUUUUAAUGUGGGGAUAUCGUUUUUCCCUGAUUCUCUUCCAUUAAUCAAAGCCCCGAAAGGAGGAGUAUGAUCAUGGUGGCUUUAAAGGCUCUUAUUGGCCAAGACAUAGCAUCAGCUAUGCAGGGUUUAUAUAUGUCAUUGGUGUCUGUCCUGUAGGUUCCUCGGCCCAUGGCCCUCACCCCGGUCAGCACCAGCAUGCCCCCGUUCCCCCAGAACUCCAUGACCCAGGAGGAGCUGAUGGUCUCCAUGGUGACCGGCCUGGCCUCCCUCACCUCCCGUACAUCCAUGGGCAUCAUAGUGGUCGGUGGCGUGGUAAGGAUAGAGGAAACACACUCAAUGAUGAAGGCUUUAAAGAAUGUGCAAAUGAUUGUCGUUAACAAUGCCCUAAACCAAAAGUGUAAUCUCUGAAAACAAGUUGGAAGUUAGAAAGGAGCUGACACUUUCAGUUUUUCCCUGUUUAACCCAGGCAUGACAUUUAUUUUCUUCCUUUGCACUCAACAAUGGUUCAUUGAAGAUCCAAGUAAAGUACUAAAAAUGUGUGUCAGAUCUGGAAGGCAGUGGGCUGGCGUCUGAUCGCCCUUUCGGUGGGGCUGUAUGGCCUGCUGUACGUGUACGAGCGCCUCACGUGGACCACCAAGGCCAAGGAGAGGGCCUUCAAGCGCCAGUUUGUGGACUACGCCAGCGAGAAGCUGCAGCUCAUUGUCAGCUACACCGGCUCCAACUGCAGCCACCAGGUUCAGCAGUGAGUAAUGGACACCCCAUCUGCAGCGAUCUGUUUUGUCUGACUCACUCACUCCUUUUCUCACUACAUUUCCUAUUACUCCAUCUCCGCUCUCCAUCUCUUCCUAUCUAUCCCUCUUUCACCACACUCCAUCUCACUUUCUCCCUCUCUAUCAAGUUGCUCUCGCCAUCUGUUUAUCCAUCCUCUCUCCAUUUAUUCUCUAUCUGCCCGCUGCCCGCCUAUGCCACCACAACCGGGUCUUACAAGGCCAAUAUAAUCCCCUCCACAAAGAGAUGGCAUGUUUGGCAGGCCUCCACACUGCCACUCUCCGUAAUUCAGUUCCUGCAUGUUUGUUAGCGGGCAGCUAGUGUAGAAUUUGCUAAAGUCGCUUCGUAGAACCACUGGCCAGUCAAUCUGUCACACAACGUUACUUAAGCUUUUUUUAUAUUAAUAGAUUGUCUCAUGCCGUGUGGGAAUUGUUCUCUGAACAGAGGCAUGCCGGCCUCAUAGAGGCCCUCUGGUGGUGAGAGGAGGGACUGGCAGUGGGAUCCAGUUUGCAUAAAAGCUACCUAGUGAGCAUAUUGCUCUUUGCAGUUGUAGGUCAUUCUGAAAACAAAGCUGACAUAUCAGUUGUAAGUAGGACCCAAGGACUGCUGAUUUAGGAUCCGUUUUGAUCCUAGAUCAGCACUUCUACUCAGAGAUGCUUGGUACACAUAUGGCCCCUGACUCUCAGAGCGCUAUUCCUCAAAAUGCCUAAACGCUUUAGGAAAUGCUGAAGUUGUCCCAGACAUGGACAUGGCUCCAUAGGAAUCUUGUUCAGCGAGUUCACUAAGUAGAGUUGAGACUGCGUGGCCCUGAGCUUCUGGUGUGUAUCUGUCUAUGUGUGUCUGUGCAGGGAGCUGGCCGGCACCUUUGCUCAGCUGUGUCAGCAGGUGGACGUGACGCGGCAGAACUUGGAGGAUGAGAUCACCGACAUGAACACGAAGAUAGAGCUGCUGGAUGCGCUUCAGAGCAAGGCCAAACUGCUCCGGUAAGACAUGAUGCUAGAUAACACACUGGUUGCAUCUGAAAUGGCACCCUAUUCCUUAAAAAAACCUAGUGCCCAUAGGACUCUGGUCAAAAGUAGAGCACUACAUAGGGGAUAGGGUACCAUUUCGGACAGAGACACUGCUCAGUCAUUAUUGCUCAGUGAGCAAGGCUCCUUGGCAUUCUCAAUAACUUAAACUCUCAACGGGCUCAUAGUAAAGGAAAAAAAUUAUUGAGCAUAACUGCACUGAUCAAAAAUAUAAACGACAUGUAAAGUGCUGGUCCCAUGUUUCACGAGCUGAAAUAAAAGAUCCCAGAAAUGUUCCAUACGCACAAAAAGCUUAUUUCUCUAAAAUUGUGCACAAAUUUGUUUACAUCCCUGUUAGUGAGCAUUUUAUCCUUUUGUCAAGAUAAUCCAUCCACCUGACAGGUGUGGCAUAUCAUGCUGAUUAAACAGCAUGAUCAUUACACAGGUGCACCUUGUGCUGGGGACAAUAAAAGGCCACUCCUAAAAUGUGCCGUUUUGUCACACAACAUAAUGACAGAUGUCUCAAGUUUGAGGGAGUGUGCAAUUGGCAUGCUGAUUGCAAUAAUGUCCACCAGAGCAGUUUCCAGAUAAUUAAAUGUUAAUUAAAAGUCGUUUUAGAGAAUUUGGCAGUACGUCCAACCGGCUUCACAACCGCAGACCACGUAACUACGCCAGCCCAGGACCUCCACAUCUGGCUUCUUCACCUGCGGGAUUGUCAGAGGGGGGAGGGGGGGGGGGGGGCUGAGGAGUAUUUCUGUCUGUAAUAAUGCCCUUUUGUGGGGAAAAACUCAUUCUGAUUGGCUGCGCCCCUGCCCAGUCAUGUAAAAUCCAUAGAUUAGGGCCUAAUUAAGUUUUUUCAAUUGACUGAUUUUCUUAUAUGAGCUGUAACGCAGCAAAAUCUUUGAAAUUGUUGCAAGUUGCGAUUUUAUAUUUUUGUUCAGUAUACUGAGGUAUUAAAGUACCAUCUGUUUUCAUUGAAGACAAGGCACUACUACUGUCUUGAUGGUGUGUACCUAUCUCUGUACCUGAGUAUGGUGUUGUCUUGUCCCCUGGCAGGAAUAAGGCUGGCUGGCUGGACAGUGAGUUGAACAUGUUCACCCAGCAGUACUUGCAGCAGGGCCGGUAG